AGCGACAGUGGCAGCCAUCGGAAAUUCUGGUAUAGCGCAGUCAGCAGUAGUUGAACGCGCUGAGUGUUAGCGACAUUUAGACGUGGUGCGGUCGUAUCGAAAAAUUGUGUGCGGAAAAAACGCACACCGAGUUAAUACAAUAAACAGCUAAAACAAGACAAGAGGAAAUAAAAUAAAAGUGUAGAAAAGCCGUUGAAAUUGAAAUUGUGUAAAAAAUCUCUGGGAUUUUAAUCCUCCUUUAUCAAUACAAUUUUUAUACGUCGUUAGAAAAAAAAAUUGUAAAAAAUUUACGGAGUACAUAAAUAACGCAUCGAGCAAUAAUACAGUAAAUUUAACUAUCCCCCGUCAAUAACAACAAUGCGUAAUAUCAAUAUAAAACCAACGCUAGCAACAACCACUUGGAUAGCAGCAACGUCAUCGUCGGAUAAUAAAGCGAUGAUGACAGGCAAACGGCGCACGGGCUAUGAUUGCACCGGCCUUAUAUCGCCACACGUGACCAAUGGCUGUAGUAGAAAGUUUCUGCUUGGGAUCGCGCUGUUUGUACUGUUGGCCAGCGUCAAUGGUGCUACUGAUCAGGUAAGAACACGUAAAAAAUACCAUAAAAGAAUCAGAAGAAGAUAAAUUGUAAGUGAAUUUUACUCCAAAAACAAAAAUUUGCGCAUCAGAAAAUAUAUAUUAAUGAAUUUCAUACUAAAUGAUAUAACAAUAAUGUACACUUUCUGCUUAGUAGAAAGCAACUUUAUACUAAAUAAUAUUUAUUUAUGCACUCAAAAGCUUUGCAGCCACAAUGUACCGUAAAAUCCAGUUUAAUCCUUCAAACAUGCGUUUUGCUUAUUGCCAGCGAGCAUAGAGCGCCAUUUAAACAGCUAGAAAAAAAAAUAUACAAAACCAGUGAACAACUUUUACUUAUGCAUCCACAUACAUACAUAUUUAUGUAUGUGUGCAUGUGUAAAGAAAUGCGUGUAUUUAUGAAGGCAAGAGUGUUGUUAACGCGCUUGUUCGGCAACAUGUUUCGAAUAAGGAAAAUGUAUAAAUUUUCAUUGUUGUAUUCACAAAUACAGAUAUACAUAUGUACAUACACAUAUAGAAAUGCAUACAUACACACACACACACCAUUGCAAUCUCGUUACAUUACAACUAAUGUGUUGAUGUAUUUGCUAUUGUUGUUGGUGCUCACAUGCUCUCGCACAUGCUCAUACAAAGUAAUUGUGGGCAACUCAGUGCUUUGUUGUUGCCUUCGUUUUUUGUUGCCAACUUAGUAAAUUUCAUGUGUCUUGACUGCUGUUGACCCAAAAAACGUGCGUUCACGCGUCCAAUAAAGGCUUUUCGGGGUUAAAGAAUGAGUGAGAGGGAGAGAGUGGGGACAGCAUAUGUACUUAAAUGCAUGCUUACACACAUACAUAUAUAUGUAUGGGAGCUGCUGAGAGUUCAAACAAAUAUGGAAAUAUGAGAUUUUAUGGACUUCUACUAAUACUACUUUGUUCGCUUGAAAAUACCCCUUAAGAUCUAGUUUAAAAUAAAUACUAGCAGAUAACUUAAAUAAAAAUAUGAAAC